AUGCCGUCGGUCUACAGCCCGCCGCCCAGUAUGCCGCUCAAGCGGAAGAAGAAGCCCAAGGUGUCGCGCGACAGCGUGGAAGCGCUCUUCGAGGACAUGCUCCACCAGGUGGAGCGCGGCGUCCAGCGCAUGGAGGCCCUCGAGCGCGACGUGGCGAGCGAGCAGGAGGCGCGGAGCCGCGAGGCCUGGGAGGCCGCGGAGCGCUUCGAGGCCCUGCAGCGCAGCAGCCGGGGCUCGCUCGAGGCCGCGCAGGCCGCGCUCGACGGCGAGCGCGCGACGUUCGCCGCGGAACGCGCGGCGCUCGAGUCCGCGCUCGAGGCGGACCGCGCGGCCUUCCGGGCGCUGGCCGCCGCGCGGGCGACGCUCGUGCAGCAGAUGGUCGACGGCGAGGACGAGAAGGAGGAGCGGCCCGCCGCGGCGCCGCCGAAGCGGAACGACGACGCGUCCGAGCUCCUCGGCGCGCUGCGCCGGGGCCUGCCCGUGGUCAAGCACUCGCGCCGCGGCAAGCCGAAGAAGACGGUCCUCUUCCUCGACGACGAGGACGCGCUGCGCUGGGCGCGGAGCUCCAAGGACGUCGCGGAGCUCUCGCGGCGCCGGCAGCCGACGGGCGCGGACGCGUCGCGCCAGGAGAAUCUGGUGCCCGAGGCCGCCGACGAGGGGCCCUUCGGCAACUCGCCCGACGAGUUCGACAUCGACUACCUCGGCCGCGACGCGAAGCCCAAACGGGGCCGCCGCCUCUCGACGAAGGCGCUCCGGCGCCGCGUCCGCCUCUCGCCCGACGCGGACAUCUCCGUGCUCCGCGGCAAGCACACGCCGAACUUCGCCCGCGACGCCGCGAAGCGCGUCGACGCGGACCGGUGCCUGAGCGUCGUCGUCGCGGCCCACGACGUCGACGAGACGGGCCGCACGUCGCUCGACGUCGAGGCCGCGUCGCGCGCGGAGCGCGACGCGCUCGCCGACGCGCUCGACGCGCUCCUCGCCGAGCGCGCGAACCACGUCCUCAAGGACCCCCGGAGCCACUGGGCCGUGCUCAAGACCGUCCUCAAGGCGACCCGCGCGCCGCCGCCGGAGCCCGAGACGCGCGCGGCCCCGCACGUGCGCUUCGCCGACGCGUAA